AUGGUCGUCCCUCACAUCAAAGAUGUGUUUGUUGCUGGCACUGUUGUCGGUACCACCUACGACGAAUUAAUUAAGAGCAUCACCCUCAGCAACACCACGUUCUUCAGCCAAUUGCCCAAGCUUUUUAAGCAGAUCCCCGCUGCCAAUAUCUCCGCCAUCCAGCUGGACUGGCAACCCAUUGGCGCCGACUGCAUGCAGGCCUCUGAAGCCAAGGGCGGCAAUGCUCUCGGACUUGACUCGUCCAAGAUCUACCUCUGCUACGCCGAGGUGGUCAAGUGGAUCGGUUCCACGUACGGCGACAUCGUCGCUCUAUAG